GAGUCCGUUGCAGGUGGCGGUCGGUCGGCCUUGCGCCGCCGGAGUCCGCCGGGAUCUUUAUCCGACACCGAGAGGAUAGGACCUGUCCGGCAAGGGACAGACACGGUUGUCAUCUCAGCUGUUGAGAGAGUGGGGCCCACAUGAGACGCUUUAUCCGAUAACGAAGCAGAGGAUAUCACUUCCACUCUUCUAACCAGUGACCACACCACAAAGAGUGAGAGACCGAGCUGACACCUCAACAGAAGACCCGACAAUGGCGGCCUCCUCGGCUCUCCCCCCGCUCCCUCCGCCGCCACAUACAUACGCCGCUGCUGCCGCCUCCAUCCCCCCUCCGACCCUCAAGACUCCGACCAUCCGCUCCCGCCUUAGCAAGCUCUGCCAAGAAGGGCAGCCCCACCUCGCGCGGCAGUUGUUCGACACAAUCCCCCGCCCCUCUACUGCCCUGUGGAAUACCCUCAUCAUCGGCUUCAUCUGCAACCACAUGCCCCAGCAAGCCCUCCUCUUCUACUCCCAGAUGAAGAACUCCGCCCCUGCCAUUCGGUUUGAUUCCUAUACUUACUCCUCCACCCUCAAGGCCUGCGCUGAGGCCCGCAGCUUAAAGCUUGGUAAGGCCCUUCACUGCCAUUUCGUUCGCUGUGAAAGGAACCCGAGCCGGAUUGUGUAUAAUUCUUUGCUCAAUAUGUACGCGACAUGCUUGAGUGCAACGGAGAGUGAGAUGGGUAGUUUUCUUGGUUUCCGGGAGCUUAAGUAUGAUCUAGUCCGUACGGUUUUCAACAUGAUGCCCAAGAGAAAUGUCGUUGCAUGGAAUACUUUAGUAGCAUGGUACGUGAGAACUGAGAGAUAUGGAGAGGCGAUUAGGCAGUUCAGAAUGAUGAUAAAAACAGGAAUAAGGCCAAGCCCAGUCAGCUUCGUGAAUGUCUUUCCCGCAGCAUCGAGUGGUGGGAGGAUCAAGCUUGCUAAUGUCUUGUAUGGUUUAGUUCUUAAAUCGGGCCAUGAGUUUGUGGAUGACUUGUAUGUUGUAAGUUCGGCAAUAUUUAUGUAUGCCGAGCUUGGUUGCCCUGAUAUUGCCAGGAAGAUUUUUGAUCUCUGUUUAGAGAAAAGCACUGAAGUUUGGAACACCAUGAUUGCCGCGUAUGUUCAGAAUAAUUCUCCUGUUGAUGGGAUUAAGGUUUUCGUUGAGGCACUGAUGUCUGCACAGACUGAUCUUGAUGACGUGACCAUGGUGUCGGUUCUAACAGCGGUUUCACAGAUGCAGGAACUGGACUUGGCUCUGCAGUUUCAUGCGUAUGCGAUUAAGAAGUGUAGUGAAUUGCCAGUUAAUGUAUUAAACACCAUCAUUGCUAUGUACUCAAGGUGUGGUUUUGUUGAGACAUCAUUCAAAAUCUUUGAUAGGAUGCUCGAAAGGGAUACUGUCUCAUGGAACACAAUGAUAUCGGCUUUCGUGCAGAAUGGAUUGGACGAUGAAGGAUUGCUGCUCGCCUACGAGAUGCAGAGACAAGGGCUCACUGCUGAUCCUGUGACACUAACUGCCUUACUUUCUGCAGCAUCGAAUCUUAAGGAUGGACGAGUUGGUAAGCAGAUCCAUGCAUAUCUCCUGAGGCAUGCAUUGCAAUUUGAGGGAAUGGGUAGUUACCUGAUAGACAUGUACGCAAAAUGCGGUUCAAUUUCAAAUGCACGAAAUGUCUUUGACAGUAACUACAUGAGCGACAGAGAUCUAGCUACAUGGAAUGCUAUGAUUUCUGGGUAUGCUCAAAAUGGGUUGGCGGAAGAAGUAUUUGCCACAUUGCGGCAGAUGCUUGAUAACAGUCUAAAUCCUAAUGCUAUCACAGUCGCAUCGGUUCUUCCAGCUUGUAAUGCGCUUGGGAAUUUAAGUUUUGGUAAGCAAGUCCACGGAUUUUCUAUUCGCCACUUGCUACACCAAAAUGUGUUUGUUGGCACAGCUCUAGUUGACAUGUACUCCAAAUUGGGUGUUAUCAAGGAUGCUGAGAAUGUAUUUAGUAUGACUACAGAAAAGAAUUCUGUGACAUAUACCACAAUGAUACAGGGUUAUGGUCAACACGGGAUGGGUGAGAAAUCACUUUCUUUGUUUCUCUCUAUGAGGCAUUUAGGUAUUGAACCUGACGCCAUUACCUUUGUGGCAGUCUUGUCUGCAUGCAGUCAUGCUGGUUUAGUAGAUGAAGGAUUUAAGAUAUUGAUGUCAAUGGAGAGUGAGUAUAAUAUUAAGCCAUGGAUAGAGCACUUUUGUUGCAUUGCAGAUAUGUUAGGUAGAGUUGGAAGAGUGUAUGAGGCAUUUGAGUUCUUUAAUGACUUGGGUGAAGAUGCUAACAACUUGGCUAUCUGGGGUUCUCUCCUUGGUGCUUGUAGAACUCAUAGGCAGCUUGAACUGGCUGAACAAAUUUGCAAGAAAUUGGACAAAAUGGGAAUGGAAAAGAACGUGUCAGGCUACAAGGUGCUGCUCUCUAAUAUGUAUGCAGACCAAGGCAACUGGGAUAGUGUUAACAGAUUAAGGGAAGAGAUGAGGGAAAAGGGUCUACGCAAAGAUGUUGGGCAAAGUUGGAUUGAUUUCAAAGGCACUGUGAAUUAUUUUGGGUCGAGGGAUCAGAAGCACCAGCAACGUGAUGAAAUUUACGAUAUGUUGGCUGGACUAGCUAUGGAAAUGAGAGAUGCCGGUUACAGGCCAUCCCUCGAUUCCAGUUUUCAUGAGAUUUAUGAAAUUGAUGAAUGAAGAGUUGAUUCUGUUUGUUGGAUCUGAUGGCACCUGACCCCAGAGACUAUUGCGUUCUUGGACAGUCAAAGGAGCUUCAUGACCAAGGUGGGUAUUGACUCACUUAUCAGAAUAAAAGUAGGUAUGACAAGGGUGGACAUCUUUUUACCUUCUUAUACAAUCUGGACUCAUGGAUCUUGGGAAGUAGCAUGGCGUUAAAGGCUAUAUCACAAGAGCAAACCCAAAUGUGCAUAAGUAUCUAGUGAUCCGUCAACUUUCCUCUUGAUGGAGACCGCAUUUAAGUGGCGCGUGGAUGUAUUUGCAUACUUGCAGCAAUGCAACGUGCUAUUAGAGGAUAAAGCAGAUGUCAAAAAUGUGGACGCGGGGAGGUGGAAGGCAAAGAAGGUUAAGGAGAGAGGCAUGCUCAGCAAUGCGCUAAUUUAAGUUUAAAGUUUUUGCACGAUCGCCCUGUCUCUUGAGGUGAUAUGUAAUAUGGGCUUUUUCGGAAUAUAAUAUUGAAGUUGCUCAACUUAUUUUGCCUGGUAUGUUUUUCUGAGGAACACUGUUCUGUGAUGGGUUUGCUGAUUCUGAAGGCAGUUGACAUGGUGUAUGGCUAGAAGUCUGAAUUCGAUGCACACUACGGUUUCAGUUUUCUGCAAUUCAGCAGGCUGUCGGCAUUGUGAUUUAGAAACUAGAUAGUCAACAUCCUUUUCUUUUAAAAAUUUCAUGCUUUCAUCGAAA